UCCACCAUGACCAGAACAUAAAUGGGUCUGAAGCGCGACUUGUCACGGUUCUGGUUCCGGAGGUGCUCCCUUCCAAAAAUGACUUUACUGCUCGCACUCAUAUAUGUUGUUUAUUCAUGUUUUGGGUGUAAAGUGGACUUUGGUCUGCUGAGCCGGACUGGAGCAAAAGUGCGGGUGAGUGUUUUGCCAAAUGAGGACGUGUCGGUUCCGACCCGCCCCAACGUGGUGUACAUCACUCUGAAAUCCAACCGCCUCAAACCGGCCAACAUUCGCGGCACAAUCCGACCCAAACUGAGGAGCAAAGCGAGAAGAAUCACACGCGAACAUCAAGAGUCCAUAAAGGGCAAACGGACUUACACGCCGGAUUGGAGAGCAGAAGGAGCGGAACCUCCUGGGAGUCCGAUCCGGAUUUAUAGCAAGAGCGCGCCGCCGUGGCUCAGUGCGCGCGACGUGGCCACCAUGCGCGCUCUCGCCAGUGCCAGAGUCGUGCGCGUCCACGCCCGAGGACCGCUGCUGAUCUUGGAGGAGGAGCCGCAGAGCAGCACUCACCUGUGCGGAGGACCGUGCGGGCAGAACAGCACCCACCUGUGCGGAGGACCGUGCGGGCAGAACAGCACUCACCUGUGCGGAGGACCGUGCGGGCUCGUCCACGACCCGGCUGACUCGGUGGAGGUGUUCGCCUUCCAUUUGGACCGAGUGCUCGGACUUAACAGGACUUUGCCGGCCGUGAGCAGGAAGGUGGCCUUCUUACACGAUGGCCAGCCCAGUCCUGUGGUGGCAUGGAAACCCUCGCUCUACCCAGAUGACGCUGUGAGGUUAACUUGGGGCGAGUACCAGCGAUCACUAAAACAGAGGUGCUGGCUGAAGAAUAUCACUCGGAAGCCAGCCUCCAGCUGCUCUACCAUCCAUCACUUUGAGUGGAGCAAAAUGGCACUCUUUGAUUUCCUCCUGCAGAUUCACAACCGUCUGGAUCCGAGCUGCUGUGGCUUCAGUCCCCGGCAGCAGGACGCUUGCUACGAAGCCGGCCGCCAUCUUGAAUGCGCAGACCAGGACCGGAUCAAACUGGCAAACAUCGUGCACAGGGGCCAGGACCCCCGGCAUCUGGUCCUCACUGCCAACAAGGGCUACUUUGACCGCAGCGAGGACAACCUAGACUUCAGGCUGCUGGAAGGAAUCAAAGAGCUUCCUGAGCGGUCCGUGUCGGUGCUGAGGAGCGGGCGGCUGAGGGAGAAGCUCCUGCAGUCGCUCUUCCUGGACCAGACCUACUGGGAGAGCCGGGGCGGCCGAACGGGCAUCGACAAGCUCAUUGACGUCAUCGAGAGACGGGCCCAGGUCCUCCUUACGUACGCCAACGCGCACGGCAUUGCGGCGGUGGCCAUGAGCGAGUGAUGGGACGGUAACUAGGACUGAAAGAACCUUGUUGGCGUUCACUUUGUCUACUUUUCUGUCCCGUUGUGAACCCAAAUACGGCCAUCUUUAACUUCAUGCUAAUUAUCACCUUCAGCCCUUAUUUUUGCCUUAUCUCCAUUAUUUUCUCUCUGGAAUGAAUGUGCUGAUAAAAGGUUACAGUCACACGGCGUGCCAUCUGG